UGUAGCUUUGGUGACAACAGUGAUGGCUGAAGAGGGCAACUCACUUUCCAAAGGACUCAAAGGCCCUGAAAUAUCCCCAGUGGAGACCCCCACUGUCAAGGAGUUGGAAGAGCUCUUGAAUACUGGGAGGCCUUCCUGUAACCAUGUUGACGAAGUUUGGCCUAAUCUUUUCUUGGGAGAUCUUGUUACAGCCCACAACAGAUUUGGCUUAUGGAAAAUGGGCAUUAGCCACGUUUUAAAUGCUGCCCAUGGCAGAAUAUUUUGCCAAGGAUCCCAUGAAUUUUAUGGCACUACCAUUGAAUACCACGGUGUACCAGCCUACGACCUUCCUGACUUCGACUUGAGUCCCUAUUUUUACCCCGCAGCAGAAUUUAUACAUAAAGCUUUAACUUCUCCAGGAGCUAAAAUCUUAGUGCACUGUGCAGUCGGGAUAAGUCGGUCAUCUUCCCUGGUGCUGGCAUAUCUCAUGAUCUAUCAUCAUUUCUCUUUGGUUCAAGCAAUUCAGACCGUGAAAAGCCAUCGGUGGAUAUUCCCCAAUCGAGGGUUUCUAAAACAACUGAGAAAUCUGGACAUUCAAUUAAGACAAAACAACAACAAGAAAGCCCCAAAUGCCUGAUGAUC